AAAUUAAAUCACUACUUGCCUUGUACUCCUCUGUGCUCUCUCUCUUCACGGGCACUCCCUCCCUCCCUCCGCCUGGAGCUCGAUCGGGGCAAUAUAAUGGCGGCGGCGGUGGAGGAGGAAGUGAUCAUCGUCGGCGCCGGGCAGUCGGGCAUCGCGGUGGCGGCGUGCCUGUCCCUGCGCGGCGUGCGCAGCCGGGUCCUGGAGCGCGACGACUGCGUGGGGUCGCUGUGGCGGAAGCGCGCCUACGACCGCCUCCACCUCCACCUCGCCAAGCAGUACUGCGCGCUGCCGCACCUGCCGCACCAGGACGAGGCCCCCACCUACCUGUCCCGCGACGACUACGCCCGCUACCUCGACGGCUACGCGGCGCGGUUCACCGUGCGCACGCGCCUCCGCCGCGAGGUCCGGUCGGCGCGGUUCGACACAGGGGGCAGCGGGCGGUGGAAGGUCGAGGCCGUCGACCUCGCCACGGGGCGGGCCGAGGCGUACGCGGCGAGGUUCCUGGUCGUGGCGGCCGGGGAGAACGACGAGAAGCUGGUGCCCGAGGUGCCCGGGCUGGAGGCGUUCCCGGGCCCGGUGGUGCACGCCGCCGAGUACCGGUCGGCCGAGGGGAUGCGCGGGAAGGCCGUGCUCGUCGUCGGGUGCGGCAACUCCGGCAUGGAGAUCGCCUACGACCUGGCCGUCGGCGGCGCCAUCACCUCCAUCGCCGUCCGCAGCGAGCUUCACCUGAUGAACAGGGAGAUCUGGAACGUGGCGAUGACGCUGUACGGGUACCACGUCCCGCUGUGGGUCAUCGACAAGCUGAUCCUGCUCAUGUGCGCCGUCGUGUUCGGCGACACCGCCCGGCACGGCCUCCGCCGCCCCGCCGUGGGCCCCUUCACCAUGAGGCACACCACCCUGGCCUACCCCGUCAUGGACGUCGGCGCCUACGCCAAGAUCCGGAGCGGCGAGGUCCGGGUCCUCCCCGCCGCCGUCAAGAGCGCCCGCGGCAAUGUCGUCGAGUUCGCCGACGGGAGCCGCUACCCCUUCGACGCCAUCGUCCUCGCCACCGGCUACCGGAGCACCGUCAGGCGCUGGCUCCAGAGCGACGACGGGCUGAUCGGCGACGACGGAAUGGCGGCGCGGAGCUACCCGGAGCACUGGAAGGGGAAGAACGGGCUGUACUGCGCGGGGAUGGUGCGGAGGGGCAUCUACGGCAGCUAUGAGGACGCCGAGCUCAUCGCCGGCGACAUCAGCGAGCUGCUGCGCCCCAAUAAGAAGCAGGACAAGGGCGACGGCGCCGCCCACACCAACGGCUCCUGCUAGCAGGGUCUCAUCGAGCACUCGAUCGCGACCGUCGGAUGCGUGCGUGGGCAACGGGCUGCCUUGUAUUAUUUAUACUACUAUAUAAUAUAGUAGCUAUCUUGUGAGAUGCGUGUGGAUGCUAGCUGCUCGCUAAUUAAAAAACAAGGGCACGCAAUAAACAGCAACAAGAUGCUGUCCACGAUCGGUCGGUUAGGACGACACUGUAUGUGCUGGCUGGAGUGCAAGCAAGAUUUAUUUGUUGCAUUUUGUAAAUGGUUGGCAUACGUGAAUAAAUCCGCUUGAAUCUUUGAUUCGGCCACGGUGUACCUAAGGGCAGUUCCAAUGUAGAAACUAGAGGGUGGAUUCUAUACUGAUGGUGUGUCAAGAAACUAUCUUUCAUAAUGCAACAUUUGUAUGCUUGAGUCCA